AGAGAUAAUGUCUUCAAGCAGAAGCUGAAUCACAGAUUUAGAACUGGACGAGACCUUCCAGAUUACCUGGACCAAAUUUGAGGUCUUCAGAGGGUCUUCAGAGGGAGAGGGACUUCCCAAGCCCAAACAAAGUUUAAAAAGCAGAACUGAGAUUUGAACCAAUUCUUAGGGAUGGUAUAGAGGGGACUGUUGCUCUAAUGAUUGGACUAGGUAAUCAAAGUCUCCCCUGGUAAUUGGGGUAAAAUCCCCUAGUCUGCCUCCCAGCUUCCAACUGCCACUUUUGGCUUCUGAUGACUGACUAGAAUGGGGAGGUAGGAGUUAAGCCUCUUGUCUUCAAUAGUCAGGGCUUCUAUCCCCUCCCUUCUCUGCCCUAACUGCCUAGCAACGGCUGAGCGUCCCUGGCCAGCUUAGGGCAGCUGCUGCACCAUGGCUUCCACUGCUCCUGGGCCUCCUACGGCCAAGAAGGUGGUAGUAUACCGGAAUGGUGACCCCUUCUCCCCAGGGCGAAGGUUGGUGAUCACCCACCGCCGUUUCCCCACUUUUGAGGCAUUUCUUAAUGAGGUGACUACUGCCAUACAGGCUCCUCUGGCCAUUCGUACCCUGUACACCCCCCAGCAUGGCCACAUCAUCACUGAUUUGUCGGAGCUUCAGAGUGGUGGAGAGUAUGUUGCUGCCGGCUUUGAGCGUUUCCGGAGGUUGCCCUAUAUCUACCUUGGAGGGGAAGAACCAGGCAGGAAAAACAUCAGGUUCCUGGCUCCUCCAACUCUCCCAAGACCAAAUUAUGGGUCUCCUGGAAGGAGGAUCCCAGCCUCGGCCUCUUGCACCAUUCAGGUAUUCAGAAAUGGCGACCUGCUUAGCCCCCCUUUUAGCCUGCACCUGUCCCUUGCCUCCCGUCAGGACUUUGGAGCAGUGUUGAGGCAACUGACUGAGAAGGCCAAGCUGAAGGGCAGGGCAGUGAGCAGACUCUGCACACUGGAAGGCACGCCAGUGUUGGGCGGAGAAGCCCUGGUGAAUGGCGGUUACUAUGUGGCUGUAUCAGAGGAUGCGUAUAAGGCCCUGCCCUACCUGGAGCUUCUGGUGCCAAGCCCCUCCCUGCCUGGUGGCUUCUGGUAUAUUAGGGUUUGGGAGGUACAACCACGAGUUGGGGAUGGAUGGGCAGUGAGGGGAGAGAUCCCCACCUCAGGCUCCCAGCCCUUUGGGUCUCCUGAAUCAGCCGUCUGCUCCAGUCUUUCUCUUGUGUGUUACAGGCGCCCACCAAGCCUUGAGCCUAGAGCCUACAGGCACAAGGCAGAUAUCUUCAGGGCUCCUGCGGCCCAGCUCUCCAGGAAGGAAUCCUCCAUUUCCUUUGCCAGACCUAGGUUGGCCCGACCUCAUCUGAGAAGGCGCCCCCUACUUCAGCCUGGAGAAAGGAGUGUAUAUGGCGCACCCCACACCAGGAGGGAACUGGCAGGGGCCCAGGAAGUGGAGGAGGACGGGACUACCUUGACAGAGGUGCCCUUGGAUCAGAGGGCUGCAGAAAUGGUAGAAGAAGCCUGUUUCUUGGAAAAUGCUGCUUAGGGUAGGUGGUGUAGAACUAAACUUGGAUGACAUUCCAGAAAACCCAGAAGCCCAGCCCAACCUCCUUCCCUCCCUGCCUUUUCCCGGCCCCCAGCCAGCAUUCCAUCAGCAGCCAUGGCACAGCCUUUUAUUGAACCAACCCACCCUCUUCUGCUGUGGCCCCCCAAUCUCCUGCCAGGAUCUCAGCUGGAGAUCCACAGGCCUUUCUAGUCUGCCUGGCCCACCAACCUGCAGUGAGCCUGCCCAAGGAGGGAAAGCCUCUGCUUCCAGGGGAAAGGAAGGGUUACCUUCCUCCACUUUGUGAAGCCUGAUACGAGGUGGAGUGGGAAGGACACAGGGGCAUACACGCUUUAGGAGAGGCUUUGUCCUAAUAAAGAAAAUAGUUUUCUCUC